CAGACGACUGCUGGGUAUGCUGGAGGGUGAUAACCACAUGAAUGAAAGCGGACAUAAUGUUGGAGGACCACAGGACCUUUAAACCUAUAUCCAUCAACUGCAUCAAGACGUAAGUAAGAGACUGAAGUUAAGGCAGCAAAUAAACAGAAACAUCUGAUGUGACAUCGUCUAUGUGCUUAAUCCUUAUUCCUUAAUCUCACUCACUGGUAUUGAUUUUUAUGUGUGACCAGGGUGAAUGUGUCUGGGCUGUGAGGUUUCUGUACGCUGGUAUCUCCGUCUGACAGAUGAAUCACAGUCGACAUGGGCACAGCAGACGUCACCUCGCCAUCCGCGGGGCCUCGACUCCUGAAGGGCACCAGUGUUAGUUGGCCCGGGUGAAGCUGGACCUCAUACCUGGAACAAAACAGGUUGUACACUGGGAGGUGUAAUGCUGAUGAAAUGCUAAAACUCCAUUAAUGGCAAGAGCUCUCUUCAAGUACCAGUCGACCUCAGACAACAUGGUUUUUGACAUCUCCGACCUGUCUCCCAACUCAAUGCAGCUCAUCCUUGAGUUUGCAUACACCGGCUCUGUUAACGUGAGGAAGGACAACGUGGAGGAGUUAAUAAUAGCUGCUGAUAUGCUUAAUGUGAUGGCUGUCGUUCAAGCCUGUGCAGAUUUCAUCAGUGAGCAGCUCUGCCCAGAAAACUGCAUUGGCAUCUGGCGGCUCACGAACGUCGUCAACUGUGACCUGCAGCAAAAGGCCCACCGCUACAUCACGUGUCACUUUGAGCAGGUUUAUCUCUGCGAUGAGUUCCUGCAGCUCUCUGUGCAGGAGCUUGUCGGGAUCCUCGAUAGAGACGAGCUCAACGUGAAGAUGGAGUUCAUUGUGUUUAAGGCCGUCAGUCACUGGAUUUCCCACAAACCCGAAGAGCGAGAGAAGCACAUUGCUUUGCUUUUGUCUAAGGUCAGGCUGGCCUUGACAAGCAUGCGAUGCAUUUACGUUGACGUGAUGUCCAAUGAGCUGGUGAUGAACAACACUGCGUGCCAGAAAAUGGCAAGUGAUGCCAUCAAAACCAUUCAGUACAAAAUCAGACAAAAACCCUCUGUGUUUGGUUUCCGCAAUGUUUUUGCUCGUCCUCGUCUGCCCAAUGCCAUCCUGUUGGCCAUUGGAGGCUGGAGGGGCAGCAGUCCGGUGUCAGACAUCGAAGCAUUCGAUGUCUGUGCCGGCCGCUGGUUCAAGGUAGUACAUAACCUGGACCGUCCUCGGGCCUAUCACGGCACUGCCUUUCUCGACGGCUACCUCUACUGUAUUGGCGGCAUUGACCAAAUGGAACGUUUCAACACAGUGUGCAGGAUGCACUUGAGGACACAGACCUGGCAGGAGGUGUCAUCGAUGUAUUAUGGCCGCUGCUACGUGUGCACAACAGUGUUGAACGGGUGCAUCUAUGCUCUGGGAGGCUUUGAUGGCUACUUUCGACUCCACAGUGCCGAGUGCUACGCACCCAAAACCAACCAGUGGAAAUGUAUUGCAGAGAUGCACUUUUCGAGGAGCGACGCCAGCUGCACAACUCUUCAUAAUAAGAUUUAUGUCUGUGGUGGAUAUGAUGGUCAUGGCAGCCUGGAAACAGCUGAAUGUUACAACUCAGAGACAAACCAGUGGACAAUGAUUGCCCCCAUGAACAGCAAGCGCACUGGACUUGGAGUCAUCGCACAUGCAGACCUGGUCUAUGCAAUUGGUGGCUGUCAAUCCUCCAUCCGUCACAGCAGCGCAGAGGCCUACAACCCCCAGACCAACACUUGGAAUGUGAUGUCCUCCAUGUCGACCCCACGGAGCAGCUUUGGCCUUGGAGUGAUCAAUGAACAGAUCUAUGUCGUUGGUGGUUUCACCGGCCCCAGAGUUAGCAACAAAGUUGAAUGUUAUGACAAAGACCUCGAUCGAUGGUCACUGGCGUGUGGUAUAAAGAGAUUCCGCACAGCGCUGAGUUGCUGUGUGGUUUACGGAAUCCCAAACAUAGCCGACUUUAUAGUCCCUCGUGACUCCCUGCCGCUUAUACAUUUGGACGACAGAGCAGUGGUGUCAUGAGUCAUUGUUUAGCACUAUAGUGCCCUGUGCCAAAGUUCACUAUGGCAAAACUUGUUAGCAAGUGCAAAAGAGCAUUUUAUUUUCUUUCUUUGGUCGUACGCAGCCAAAGAAAGUAGUGUUACACUGAACAGGAACUUGUCAACAACAAAAGUGAUAUGAAUGUGUUAUUGAAAUCAUCUCAUUUUGCACUGAAUCACCUUCCUAUCUCAUCUCAACAAGUGAAGUAGGCACCGAGCAGUCCAAUCUGCAGCAGCACCAAGCGUUUUGAGUUCUUGUGAUGACAUCACGUUGUUUCAAAGAGAGUAUUAUACAGUAUUUUAAAAAUACAUAAAAUAUUUCAUUCUUUUUGAUACAAAAUAUGAAGG